CGAAGAAGGGGCGGUGUUUCUCACUGUGGGCUCGCACUCCCGGGAUUGCAGAGGGUUCUUAGGCCUGCAGAGAAAAUUGGGGUUUGGGGGGGGCUAGUCUUGGGGCGGAGGUAGGGGCACGCUGAGGCGAGCCCCGCCGUCCUCGAUCUUCCAUGCCCCGCUUUCCUAAGCCGAAAACGAGCCGAGGAGGCGGUGUCGCGGGAGUGACGUCAUCUCGAGGCGUCGCGAGACUCCAGAGGAAGCCGUGACCUCUCUAAGCGUGGAGAGCUACGCGAAGAUGCAGCAGCUAGUCCGGGCCGGGGCCCGGGCCUGGCUUCGGCCCAGGGGCUGCCGGGGCCUGAACGCGCUGGCAGAAGAGGCAGUGCAGUCGGCGGAGAAACCAGAACCCUUGGCGAGCGCAGGUCCCCAGGCACCCGUACUGCGCAGGUGCGAGCUCCCGGUACCCCUGCACCGGCGUCCGGUGCAGGCCUGGGUUGAAUCUCUGCGGGGCUAUGAGCAGGAGCGCGUGGGUCUGACCGAGCUGCACCCAGACGUUUUCUCCACGGCGCCCAGGCUGGAUAUCCUGCACCAGGUUGCCAUCUGGCAGAAGAACUUCAAGAGAAUUAGCUACGCCAAGACCAAGACCAGGGCCGAGGUGCGGGGAGGUGGCCGGAAGCCCUGGCAGCAAAAAGGCAGUGGGCGCGCCAGACACGGCAGCAUCCGCUCCCCAAUCUGGCGAGGAGGAGGUAUCGCCCAUGGCCCCCGGGGCCCCACCAGCUACUACUACAUGCUGCCCAUGAAAGUGAGAGUGCAAGGCCUCAAGGUGGCGCUGACCGUCAAGCUGGCCCAGGAUGACCUGCACAUCGUGGAUUCCCUGGAGUUGCCCACCACAGACCCCCAGUACCUGAUGGAGCUGGCCCGCUACCGCCACUGGGGCGACUCCGUCCUUUUUGUAGACUUAGAACACGAGGACAUGCCCCAGAAUGCCGUAGCAGCCACAUCCGGGCUCAAGACCUUCAACCUGAUCCCGGCUGUCGGCCUGAACGUGCACAGCAUGCUCAAACACCAGACCCUGGUCCUGACCCUGCCCACCGUCGCCUUCCUGGAAGAGAAGCUGCUCUGGCAUGACUCACGUUACACACCCCUCUACCCCUUCCGCCUGCCCUACCGAGACUUCCCCUGAGCCCCAACCCCGCACCCCCUGGGCACACAGACCACCCUCCUUCCUGCUCGGAACCAGGCCAAGCCCUGAGUGGGCUUGGGAGACGCCUCCCCAUCCCAGGCCCCCUGGUCCCAGUGGGAGGCUGAGGCCACACCCAGAGAGCAGCCAAGCAGGCGUCAAUACUGGGAAGAAGGCAGCUCGCCAGAGACCACAUCUCUGUUUCGUGUCAGACACAUUUUGUUUUGUAAUCAGAGAGGGGAAGCACAGCAGCUGAUGGCCAUUUUGUGAAUAAUUCCAUUUGGUGCCUUCCCUGGUGCUGGGCGUCCCUGGGUACCUAGCUGCCUCAAGACCCCGUUUGUAGAAAUGACCCAGGAUCAACUUUGCCAGGGCAAGUCAGCCUCGGGGAGCACACAGCAGAGAAGCAGCCAUCUCUGAGAACCCACUGGUUGCUGCCUCCCAAUCCCAGGCACUCUGACCAAGUGCCCAUAUCCCUGAUGGGGCUUAUGGUCCCGUUUACUACCAUCCUUCCGUCCAGCUGUGGGCCUGAUUCUCCAAAUGCGUAUAACAUGGAAACGGGGGCUUCCAUCACAGGGAUUUUCCCUAAACAUGGAGUCAGGAUCAGUGUGGUCAAUAAAUGUGCAAAUAAACAUUUUUUAAACACCAAUCCGA